AUGGAGUAUUCUGGUGCUAGUGGUGCUGCUUCUGGUGGUGAUGAACAGGCAAUUUCAAACUCAGCAAGAAGAAAGGGCAAGGGCAAGAAGGCGUACCAUCGCCACACUCCUAUACAGAUUCAUCAGCUUGAAGUAUUUUUCAAGGAGUGCCCUCAUCCGGAUGAGAGCCAGAGGAACCGAUUGAGCAGGGAACUGGGUCUGGAGUCCAAACAGAUCAAGUUCUGGUUUCAAAACAAGAGGACUCAAACAAAGACUCAAAGUGAACGACGAGAUAACUCGACUCUUCGGGCUGAGAAUGAAAGGAUCCAAUGUGAAAACCUUGCAAUCAGAGAGGCACUGAAGAAUGUCAUUUGUCCGGCUUGUGGAGGACCUCCUUUUGGAGAGGAAGAACGUCAGCAUAGCCUGCAGAAACUGCAACUCGAAAAUGCUCAAUUGAGACAAGAGCAUGACAAGGUAUCCGCUCUUCUUGCCAAGUAUGUGGGGAAGCCUGUCGAUGCUUUCUUGAAUCCUAUUAACAUUAGGAACCCUGCUGCAGCCCUUCAGCUGAAUCCGAUUAUUGCUGACAUUCUUCCCUUGGCGCCAUACCAACGUCAAGUAAUCCCUGAAAUGGAAAAGGCGCUCAUGAUGGAGACAGCUGCAGCAGCUCUUGAUGAACUAGUUAGGCUUUUGCGAAUUAAUGAGCCUAUAUGGAUCAAAGUAUCCUCUAAUGAUCGAUUUGUCAUUCAUCGCGACAGUUAUGAGAAGAUCUUCCACAGGUCUAGUCACUUUAAUAGUCCUGGUGCACGUGUCGAGUCAUCCAAGGACUCAGGAUUGGUGACAAUGAAUGGACUGGAGCUGGUCGACAUGUUGCUAGAUUCGGAUAAAUGGACUGAUCUUUUUCCAUCCAUUGUUACCAAAGCAAACACACUACAAGUUCUUGAACAUGGAAUGAUAGGGAACCGCAAUGGCGCCUUGCAGCUGAUGUAUGGACAAAUGCACGUCGCUUCACCCUUGGUUCCAACUCGGGAAUUCUUCUUCCUUCGCCAUUGUCACCUAAUUGAGGCAGGCCUCUGGGCGAUUGUUGACAUCUCUUAUGAAAGCAUGAAGGAUCGCGUCUUACAUUACCGGUGCUGGAGGCUUCCUUCUGGCUGCAUGAUACAAGAGAUGCCUAAUGGGUGCUCCAAGGUUACUUGGAUAGAACAUGUUGAAGUGGAUGAUAGAAAUCAAACUCAUAGGCUCUACAGAGAUGUCGUACGCACUUGUUCUGCUUAUGGAGCUCAACAAUGGAUUGCUACGCUUGAGAGGAUGUGCGAGCGAAUGGCAUUCUCCACUGCACAAACUGUGCCAGUGCCUGCCUAUGAACCAGGAGGAGUGAUUUCUUUACCAGAAGGAAGAAGGAGCCUAAUGAUGCUUGGCCACAGAAUGGUGAAGAACUUCUGUGCAAUCCUGAGCAUGACUCAGAAACUAGAUUUCCCUCAAUUGUCUGAGAUGAACAAUAGUGGUAUUAGAGUAGCAGUUCGAAAUAACACAGAACCAGGCCAGCCUAAUGGUCUUGUUGUCAGUGCUGCUACCUCAGUUUGGAUUGCACUGCAACCUCAGAGCAUCUUCAACUUCCUCCGAGAUGAGAAAACCCGAGCUCAGUGGGAUAUACUCUCUAGUGGAAAUGAAGUGCAGGAGGUUGGACACAUCUCCAAUGGCACUCAUCCAGGGAAUUGCAUAUCCCUUAUUCAGCCUUUCAUACCGACUGAAAGCAACAUGAUGCUGUUUCAAGAGUCCUGCAUAGACCCUCUAGGAAUGAUGAUAGUCUAUGCUCCGAUUGACUUUCCAUCCCUCAGUGUUGCAAUAAGCGGUGAGGACUCUUCCGACAUAUCCAUUCUUCCAUCAGGUUUCGUAAUCUCCAGGGACGGCCACCCUGACUCGGGAGCAGCAAAUGCUGGUGCUCCCACAAGUUCAAACUCUAAAAGGUCUCCAGGUUCGCUCCUUACGGUGGCAUUCCAGAUAUUGGUUUCAACCCCAUCCAGUCCGACAGCACUCAACGUGGAAUCCGUGGCAACUGUCAAUACCCUCAUCAACUCCACCAUUCAGCGAAUCCAGCGUGCACUGGAUGCCAAUAUGGAGUGA